UGUUACACUAAUCACUUGCAGGAGCUGAUCCAGCUCAGGGAAAGAGACUGCUUCCAGGAAUGGGACAGUGACCAAGUGUCCCAGCCAGAGAAACUUAAAGGGGCAGAAGAAGAAGGAAGGAGCAAUAAAAGCUAUCUAGCACCGUGUCUAAUUACCGAUGUGAUCUCUCAGAUGGAACUAGGGGAAGAGCCUUCGGUCCUGGAAAGGGAGAACCGAAGAAGCACCUGUACAGCAGGUCAGGGGACAGUGAGUGAGGAUAAGAAGGAGAGUCCUCAGCAGGGAGAUCCUGAGCAAGUGGAACUUCACGGUACGUUACUUGGAAGAUCCAAAGAGAAGGGAAAUUUCUGCUCUCUUGAGCAGGGCAAAGCUUCUGAGAGUCCAGGUAGGUCCAAAAGUGAGCAACGAAACCCUCCAGCAAAGAGACUGGGGAAAUCCAUCCGACUUGGGGGAGGUGACCUCAAUGACCUCACAAUCCCGGAGAGACCCCACCCAGGAGAGGGAAAGAACACAUGUCCCGACUGUAGGAAAAGCUUCCGUGGGCGCUUAGGUCUUACUAGACAUCAGAGGAUCCACUCGGGCAAGAAGCCCUACAGGUGUCCUUUGUGCGGGAAAGGCUUCACUGUCAGCUCCACCCUGGCUAAGCACCGGCACAUCCACACUGGGGAGAAACCCUACCAGUGCCUCAGCUGUGGGAAGAGCUUCAUCCAGAGCUCGCAGCUCAUCACCCACCAGAGAACCCACACGGGAGAGAAGCCCUACCAAUGCCCCGAAUGCGGGAAAGGCUUCAGCCGGAGCUCCCACCUCAUCAUCCACCAGAGGUUCCACACGGGAGAGAAGCCCUACGAAUGCCCCCAGUGCGGGAAGGGCUUCAGCCAGAGCUCCAACCUGGCCACACACCAGAGAGUGCACACGGGGGAGCGGCCCUACCAGUGCUCCCAGUGCGGGAAGGGCUUCACACAAAGCUCAGACUUCACCGCCCACCAGCGGCUGCACAUGGGCGAGAGGCCCUACCACUGUGCCGAGUGCGGGAAGAGCUACACAAACAGCUCUGCCCUCAUCAAACACCAGAGGAACCACACAGGGGAGCGGCCCUACAAAUGCCCCAAGUGCAGGAAGGGCUUCAGUCAGAGCUCCUCCCUGCUUGCCCACCAGCGGAUCCACACAGGAGAGAGGCCCUACAAGUGUCCUGAGUGUGGAAAGGGCUUUUAUGCGCGCUCCCCACUUAUUGCACACCGGAGAACCCACACCAGCGAGACGCCCUACACGUGUCCGGAGUGUGGGAAGGGGUUCCGCAAGAAAACCAGCCUGAAUGUGCAUCAGAGAGACCACCCGGCAGAGGAACAAUGCCCUGACCAGGGCUGUUCCCAGUGAACGGCAUCCAUGGCCACUCCCACAACACAUGGGGGUAUUUGGCUUCUCAGCACCAUCCAUCUGCACAUCUGUUGGGUCAGCUGACUGUGGGAGCCACCCCUAAGCUGACUGGUGGUGAUCCUCUAGCAAGUCCUAGGCAGAGGAGAAGAAGCCCGCAUCAUCUCCUAUUUAACUGGUGCAUCCCCAGCUGCAAAGCUGCCAAGCUCUCUGUCUCUUGUCAACAUGGGAGGAGAGAGGAAAAUCCCUCAAGGAGCCCCUUUUUCCUCAGGUGGGAGAGGCUGGGAGAAAGCUACAUGGCUCAGGCCCUAAACUGACUCAGGAGACCUAUCGCCACCCACCCCCAGACUUGGGCUGAGCUGGGCUCUCAAACUGAUCCAGAACUGGAGCUUGAUUUUGCCCAAAUAACCUUAAUCCUGGCCACUUGUGCAAAUACAUUGUGGUACAAUUUUAAUUUACACUGUCACAUACCAUUUUUCCCCUCAGGGCUCCUACCUCAUUCAGUGCCCAGAACGGAUGUGUCGGGCAACUUGAACUAUAGGGUUCAGAGUAGCA